UCUGUGGCGCCAAAAGUGCUUGGCUUGGCACGUCGCGGCUUUUGGGGGUCUUGGACGAUUUGGCCAGUUUGGCGAUAAACGAAUUUAGUAAAAAAAAGGAAGAAUAAUGGGAAGAAAAGUGACUGUUGCUGUUUCCACACUGAAUCAAUGGGCUUUGGACUUUCAGGGGAAUCUCUCAAGGAUUCUCCAAUCGAUUGUCGAGGCCAAGGAAAUGGGGGCGACAUAUCGAACAGGGCCAGAACUUGAGAUUUGUGGAUACAGUUGCGAGGAUCAUUUCCUUGAACCAGAUACUUUUCUUCAUUCUUGGGAAGUUUUGCUGGAAUUGAUAACAUCUACCUUCUGCCAGAAUAUUUUGGUAGAUGUUGGAAUGCCUAUUCAACAUAGAAAUGUUUCGUACAAUUGCCGUGUUGUGUUCUUCAAUCGAAAAAUCCUACUUAUUAGGCCUAAAAUGCAAAAUUGCGAUGAUGGAUGCUAUCGUGAAACACGUUGGUUUUCCAUGUGGAAAAAAGCCUACACCACGGAAGAUUUCUAUUUGCCAAGGAUGAUUUCGGCGGUUACGGGACAACAAACAGUCCCUAUUGGUGAUGCUGUUAUUGCCACAAAGGACACAUGUAUUGGCUAUGAAAUAUGCGAGGAAUUGUGGAAUCCCAAGAGUACUCACAUUGACAUGUCCCUCUCGGGUGUGGAAAUCAUUGUGAACAGUUCAGGGAGUUACAUGCAGCUUCGUAAGGCCUAUGUGACAACGGACCUAAUAAGGAAUGCAACGUAUAAAGCAGGAGGGGCUUAUUUGUUCAGCAAUUUGAGAGGGUGCGAUGGUCAACGUGUUUACUUCAAUGGAUGCUCUGCUGUGGCGCUCAAUGGGGAAAUUAUUGCGAGAGGAAAGCAAUUUUCCCUUCAAGAAGUUGAAAUAACUCUCGCUACAAUUGAUUUGGAGGACAUCCGUUCAUACAGAAUGGCUCUUCGAUCUCGAAGUGUCCUGGCAGCUUCAGCGCCUACUUAUUUACGCAUCAAUGUGGACUUUGAGAUGUCCAGUCACAACUGCAUGAGCAUCCCUACAAGUGUUCCUCUGCAGUGGAAAUACCACUCUCCAGAAGAAGAGAUUGCUCUGGGGCCAGCUUGUUGGCUCUGGGACUAUCUUCGGAGAUCUGGUCAGGGUGGAUUCUUCCUGCCAUUGAGUGGUGGUGUUGAUUCAAGUAGCACUGCAGCGAUUGUUCACUCAAUGUGUCGCUUGGUUGUGAAUUCCAUUGAACAUGGAGAUAUUCAGGUUGUGCACGAUGUGAGGAAGAUUUUGGGAGAUCCUGAAUACACACCUGACAAUCCCCAUGCCCUUUGCAAUCGUCUCUUGGUCACUUGCUACAUGGGCAGUGAGAAUUCAAGUGCUGAGACAAAGCAGAGAGCUUCUGUUCUGGCAGAUCAAUUGGGCUCCUAUCAUCUCGAUAUUAACAUUGAUGGGGCUGUUAGUGCAUUGAUUGGGGUGUUUACCUUCGUGACUGGUAUGACUCCCAAAUUUCGGACUGAAGGUGGAUGUCCGAGGCAGAAUUUGGCUCUGCAGAACAUUCAAGCGCGUAUCCGAAUGGUGUUGGCUUAUCUCUUUGCUCAGUUGAUGCUCUGGGUGAGGAAUAGGCCAGGAGGACUUCUAGUACUGGGAUCAGCCAAUGUUGAUGAGGCUCUGAGGGGGUAUAUGACCAAGUAUGAUUGCUCCAGUGCUGAUAUUAAUCCCAUUGGUGGAAUCUCCAAAGCGGAUCUCAGGAAAUUUCUGCUCUACGUCCGACAUCAAUUCAAUCUGCCGAUUAUUGACGAGAUAGUAACAGCUCCUCCAACAGCAGAGCUAGAGCCUCUUGUCAGUGGUCAAUUGGCUCAAACGGAUGAGCAGGAUAUGGGAAUGACGUAUGCAGAACUCAGUGAAUAUGGAAGAUUGAGGAAGCAAGCUUACUGUGGCCCUUUUAGCAUGUUCUGCAAACUGGUGGCCACUUGGGGCAAUGCUUGCACUCCCGGCGAAGUUGCGGAAAAAGUAAAACACUUUUUCCGCUGCUAUGCCAUCAAUCGUCACAAAAUGACCGUUCUAACGCCUUCUUAUCAUGCUGAAUCCUACAGUCCUGAUGAUAAUCGCUUCGACCAUCGGCCUUUUCUUUAUCGCGCUAACUGGAGUUGGCAGUUCAAGGCAAUUGACGAAGAGCUGGAAAGAAUCCUGGCUCACAAUGUACAAAAUCCAAAUAUUCCAUCGUCAAAUCCUGAACAGAGUCGUGAUAGUAAUCAGAGCACCAAACAAAAUAUUAGUCGCAAAUCUUCCCAUCGUGAUUCCAAACAUGAUUCUUCAACUUCUCUCGACAAUAAACACCGAUCCAGUCACACGAAACUCAAUGUGAAUGUGAUGGGCAAAAUUAGGGACCGAAGCGGAAUUCCAGUAAAUUUUAAAAUUCCUCAAGAGCACUCAACACCCUUUACAUAUUUAAUGAAUAUUUCUACAAUAUAGGGAUAUGUUACAGAAAAGUACACAGAAUAUAUAACAUAGGAAAAAUUAAUAUACUGUAGCGUUGAUAUUAAAAUAUAGAGAGGAGGCGAGAUGAGUUAUUUCGCAGUGAUCGAAGUAUCAUCAAAUUUCAUGCCUAGUCAAUUUAAAUUUGCAGAAGACAUUAUUUUGACGAAUUCUUAUAGCAAUUUAUCGCGCAAUGAUGCUUAAUUUUAAUAUUUAUAGCACAAAAUAGUGAGUAAAAAGACAAAUGUUGAGUGAAUCACAUUAAAAUCGAGUUAUGCAAAGUAAUAGAGUUAAAUUUUAAUGACUCUGGCAAGGAAUGCUGGAUUUUAACGUCCCACAUGGAAUAAACAUAGUUACAAUAGUUCCUGAUAUAAUCGAUUAAGUAGUAAUUAUUUAAUCAUAAAGGUACUUUACGAUGGAUUGGUUGUACGGCACAUUUCUUUAAAUGGAUCUUUAUUAUUGUGUGAUUGCAAAUAUACUUUACGUUUAAUGAUUCUA